GUCACCAUUCAACACUUUUUGAAUGACUCUUUUGUCAACCCUUAUAAACUAUUCUUUAUAUUCUCAGUCUUGUAAAUAUACCAUCCUUCGUGGAGAACAAGGCUUGUUAGAGUAGAACUUUCGAUUCACCUCAAGACCAUAUCAGACAUACUCCGCCAUGACAGAAAAACCCCGCUAUUUGACCGGAGACGGUGAUGGUAUCCGGGACUUCAUAGACCAAUUCGAUGUUUUCCUAUUUGACUGCGAUGGCGUCCUCUGGUCCGGUGACCAUCUCUUCCCCGGAACGAACGAAACACUAGAGCUGUUGAGAAGCAGAGGAAAGCAGGUUGUGUUCGUCACGAAUAAUAGCACCAAGUCGCGCGCCGACUAUAAGAAGAAGCUCAAGUCCCUCGGGAUCCCGAGUACAAUCGAAGAGAUCUUCUCCUCCUCAUACAGCGCCUCGAUAUAUAUCUCACGUAUCCUGAAACUCCCAGAGAACAAGCGCAAGGUCUUCGUGCUAGGGGAAACGGGCAUUGAGCAGGAACUGCGCUCGGAGAACGUUCCCUUCAUCGGUGGCACGGACCCCGCCUAUCGUCGUGACAUCACGCCCGAGGACUACAAGCGCAUUGCUGCCGGGGAUGAAACCUUGCUUGAUCCCGAAGUCGGGGUGGUCCUGGUAGGACUGGACUUCCAUAUCAAUUACCUCAAAUUGUCGUUGGCGUUUCACUACGUUCGUCGUGGAGCUGUCUUCCUUGCAACAAAUAUUGAUUCAACCCUGCCAAGUUCCGGGACGUUUUUCCCUGGGGCUGGUUCGGUGAGCGCGCCGCUGAUUAUGGCUUUGGGCCGUGAGCCGGUCUCAUUGGGUAAGCCCAAUCAGGCGAUGAUGGAUGCCAUCGAGGGCAAGUUCAAGUUUGACCGGAGCCGUACGUGCAUGGUCGGUGAUCGGGCAAACACCGAUAUUCGCUUUGGUCUGGAAGGCAAGCUCGGAGGUACUCUCGGGGUACUUACCGGUGUCAGUAGUAAGGAGGACUUCGAAACAGGGCCUACUAGGCCUCGGGCGUAUUUAGAUAAACUAUCGGAUCUUCUGGGAUCGAGCUGAUCAUAGAUGAGGGUUAGAAUACUAGAAAGCGAGUGAGGGAUAUAUUGUCGGUAGAAUAAAUAGCUAAGGCGC